UAUCCUCUCUCUCUCUCUCUUUCAGCUUAACCCGCCGGAGUCGAUCUGUCGCCGCCGCCGCCAUUAAAACUAUUCAACGCCGCCGGUGGACGAACCUUCAUUUGGAGUACACUAUGCACUGAAGCCUUCAAUCCAUUGUGAAAUUGCUCGCUCACUUUGUCUUCUCCAAUAAGUAAAGCAGCCAUCUUUAUACCCUGAAUGUUAAUUGUCCAAUUACACUCCUUCAAAGCAUGUCAUUGAAUUCAUUCUUGAAUAAUCAUGAAACUUCCGUCUUCUGUUAUCAAACACAUCCGCCAAGCCGUCCCCAAUCAAUCAGGUUUCCGGAGAAUCAAUACUGGUUCAGAAGAAGCCGCUUUAGUGAACAAAGUCCUACAUAUCAUCAAAUCAUUCAAUCCCAUGGAACCAGCCCUCGAUAAGGUAGUCCCUUCUUUAUCUCCUGAAAUAGUAACAUCUGUGAUCCAGGAACAACAAGUCAACCCUGAAUUAAGUUUUAGGUUUUUUAUUUGGACUGCUAGAAGGAAGAGAUUAGGAUGUUGUGUUGCUUAUGAUUCAGUUAUUGAUAUGCUUGUAAAAGACGAUGGAUUUGAGUUGUAUUGGAAAGUACUUGAAGAGCUUAAGAAUGAAGGGAUUCCUAUUUCUUCAGAUGCUUUCACAGUUCUGAUUGCUGGCUAUUGGAGCUUGCGUAAAGCAGAUAUGGCAGUUGAAUCAUUUGCGAAGAUGAGAUUGUUUGAUUGUUCUCCUGAUUCCAUUGCUUACAAUAGGAUAUUGCAGGUCAUUGUUGAGAAAGAGGUAAUUCUCUUAGCUUUGGCUGUUUAUAAUAUGAUGUUGAAAUCAAAUUGCAGUCCUACAUCUGUUACAUAUGGAAUAUUGAUCGAUGGUUUAUUCAAAAAUGGAAUGAGUCGAGAUGCACUUAAACUGUUUGAAGAAAUGACUGACAGAGGUAUACAGCCUGGUCGGAUUACCUACACUAUAGUUCUCUCCGGUUUAUGUCAAACAAAGAAAAUGGAUGAAGCAGCUAAACUAUUCGAUAGAAUGAGACAUGCUGGAUGUUCACCUGAUACAAUCACUCACAAUUCUCUAAUCAACGGUUUCUGCAAAUUGGGUAAACUUGACGAGGCGAUUUCAUUUGCUAGGUCUCUUUCCAAAGAAGGAUAUUCGCUUGAUAUAAACGGAUACAGUUGUUUGAUUCACGGUCUGUUCAAGUUCAAGAGGUACAACGAAGGAUGGCAUAUAUUCCAGAAAUUGCUUGAUCACAAUAUUUCGCCUGAUCUUGUAUUGUACACGAUCCUGAUAGGGGGUUUAUGUGAGGCAGGAAGAGUAGAGGAUGCGGUUAACAUGUUGAGUUCAAUGACUGAACGAGGUGUUCUUCCAGAUACGCAAUGUUACAACGUUCUAAUCAAGGGUUUCUGCGAUAUGGGCUUUCUUGACAACGCUAGAUCGUUAAAGAUGGAGAUUUCGGAAAAGGGAGAUUUUACAAACACGACCACUUACACUAUUCUCAUUUGCGGUUUGUGUAGGAGUGGUCUUGUUGGGGAGGCUGAAGAGAUAUUUAACGAGAUGGAGAAGGUCGGUUGUGUGCCUUCAGUUGUGACUUUCAAUGCUCUCAUUGAUGGGAUUUGUAAGUCGGGUAAGCUCGAGGAUGCAAGAAUUCAGUUUUAUAAGAUGGAGAUUAGACGACACCCUUCUUUGUUCAUUCGUCUUAGCCAGACGAAAGAUGGGAUUCAGCAAAUGGUGGAUACGUUAUGUGAGUCAGGUUUGAUUCUUAGAGCGUAUAAGUUACUUAGGCAGCUAGCUGACGAUAAUGUAGAACCGGACAUUAUCACUUAUAAUAUACUUAUCAAUGGUUUCUGCAAAGAAGGAAAUGUGGAUGCUGCCCUUAAGAUUUUCAAGGAACUUCAGCUUAGGGGACAUAAGCCUGAUUCGGUUACAUAUGGGACUAUUAUGAACGGGCUUCAGAAGGCUGAUCGAGAAGAGGAGUCGUUUGGAUUGCUUGAACAGAUGAUCAAGAACGGUUGCAAUCCCAGCUUGGCGAAUUACAAAUGUCUUAUGACUUGGUCUUGUAGAAGGAAGAAGGUUUUGGAUGCUUUCUCGCUUUGGAUGCAGUACUUGAGGAGCCUUCCGAAUCGGGGAGAUGAUGUGGUUGGGGCAAUAGAGGAUGAUUUCAAGAUCGGUGAAGUUGAGAAAUCUAUUAGGGCUUUGAUUAGAAUGGACUUGGAAGUGGACGAUUUUCAGUUGGCUCCUUACACAAUUUUGAUCAUCGGGUUUUGUCAGGCGAGGAGAAUGGAAGAAGCGUUGAAGAUAUUUUCGAUUCUCGAGGAGUUUGAGAUCGACGUGACUCCUCCUACUUGUGUCAUGCUGAUUGACGGUCUAUGCAAAGAAUCGAGUCUUGACAAGGCGGGGGAUGUUUUCUAUUAUACACUGAGGAAAGGUGUUGAGUUAAUGCCUAGAGUUUGCAACAAGUUGUUAAAACAUCUCUUGAAGUCGCCGGAUAAUGUGGACGAUGCACUCGAUCUGUUGGAUAGAAUGAAAUCGAAUGGAUAUGAUCUUGAUAGUUGCCUUGACGACGAAACCAAAUUUCUUAUAUAUAAUUGCGCUAAUCCAGUGGAAGUUGAGAAUGUUUUGCCAAGCUAACAAUUCUUGUAAACAUAUAUUAUUGUUGUGAUUGAUUGAGGUUCAAAAGGAAAUAUAUAUUUGUGGUUGUCAA